AUGUUUGUUGGCGAUGCAGUGUGGAAGCAGUGCCUUGCAAUCGACCGUGGCGGUAUUCCACGUACGAACGCAAUUGUGAUCAUCGCCAACAUCGACAGUCAACGUGGUGUUGCAUUCCUCGCUGAUAUCGGCUUGAAUAUUCAGGUUAUUUGCGUGCGCAACGCCUCCAUCCAGAUGGUCAAGGAGAGCGCGUGCGGCUCGUGGCCGGCGAGCUGGUUCAGGCCUGGAGGGCGUUUUGGUGCACUUUUUGGAGCAAGGCGGGAGCCGACGACGCCGCGCUGCGGACCGCGGGCGAGAUCGGGGAGCAGAACCUAUCCGAGAUCAAGUACGAGCUCGCGAGCGCGUGAGAACCUGGCCUCGGAGCCCGCAAACAGCUCCUCGGCGCCGGAAAUCGCGCAAGAUAUCCGCCCGCCCAGCUACCAACCUGCUGGCGGCCUGGAUAUCGCGAGCGCCGCCGUGUCCUGCGGCGCCUACUUGUCCUUCUUCGCCGGCGUGCCCGUCGCAGCGGGGAGCAGUGAUCCGAUGGACCUGCUGAUCUCGAGCGCCGACCACGACGUGUACGAGGAGCGGUACGGUCAGGGGAACCCAGACAUAGUCGCCGUGGUCUUCAGCCCGACGCGCCAGGCGCUGCAGGGUGUGGACCCGAAUCUGCUGCACAGGUUCAGGCGUGAGCCGAACGCGAGGGAGACGGUCGCUAUCCAGGACGCUCUCGUGCAGGUAGCCGACCAGCUGUACUUGGACCGCGAGCGCGCUGCUGGCAGGCCGCGCACGCUUCCCGCUGGUGGCUCAUACCUGGAGUUCGAUUUCACCGCAGCCGCCCCUGGACCAGGCGUUCCUGGCGCAGGCCCCGCCGCUCACGCGCCCGCGGCUGGAGCCGCCGCCGGAGCAGCGCCUGCCGCGCCUCUGGUGAGCGUGGCCGGGGCCGGCGCCGUCGCCGCCCCUGCUGCAGGUCCCCUGGCGGCCGCCGCCGUGCCGGCCGCAGGCGCCCCAGCGGGCGCCGCCGGCGCAGCGCCGCCGGCCGCGGCAGGGGUGGUUGGGCCGCCCGCUGUGCUGGCCCCAGUGUGGGUGUUCAUCGAGAGCACGGGUGGUGGCAGUCGUGGCGAUGUUGUCCAGCUCAACGGGACCGAGCGGAUCGAAGGUGACAUCGGCCUCCUGAAGCUGAACGCAGGCUGGGUUGCCAUCCGUCGGAUCUCGAUGGACCCAUCGGUGUACCGAUGCGCGGAGAGCGGGGCGGACAUCAGGCUGCUGGGCGUACCACCUCGACCCGACGGCUCCAGGCAGCGACUGGCUUGGCGUGAGGCUGUGCCGAUGAUGGUAGAGAAUCCCAUCCCGGGGUGGCUGCUCGACGGACCUCGGACCAUGCUCUGGUGCGCGCAAUUCAUCGACAGGAAGCGGAGCGGCCCCGUGGAGCACUACAACAGCUUCGUUGCCUUCUAUCAUCUCACGAAGGAGGAUUACGGGGCACAGCUGUACGAGUACAUCUACUCCAUGGAGCUCGAGGCGCAGCAGUCGAAGGGCUCCAAGGACGGCAACGAGGGCGACGGCAAGAAGAGGGGCCGAGGUCGGGGAGGAGGGCCCCACCGAUUCGGCAUCGUGGACGAGGCGGCGGUGUUCACAGGGGCGGCCAAGGAGGAUGGCCGUUCCAUGAUAUGCCCGCUGCUGCUGGAGCAUGUCUCCAAACAGGUGGAGCGCGACGCGGGGAUCCUGAAGCAGCCGAGAGAGGGGGGGCGCCCGUGGGCCUCGCGGGUGCAGCAGAUCUACCUGUACAUGAGGUCAGUGCGCAGGCGCCUUGAGAAGCGGUCGCACGUUCACGGCAUGGUCGAGGAGAUGACCGUCGCGCUGAACGAACUGUGGGGCUGCCCGCCUGCGGCGCGCCGUCAAGCGCCCGCAGGCACGCCGGUGCCAGCCGCCGGCCACGCCCUCGUCCUCUCGGAGCUCCGCCAGGCCGCUGUGAGGUUUGGCCCGUGCCCAGAGGACUUGGACGGUCCAGGAGCCCUCGAGGAGCUCCGGAUAUCUCAAUCACACGAGGGUGACGCCACGUUGGUUGCCCCGGUGAGCUUCGACCUCGUCGACUCCAUCUCAUUGCCUCCUGCUGGCAGCCAACCCGUCGCCCUGGAGACUAUCGACGAGAUGGCAGGCCAGAACAUCGCUCACCGGCUGAAAGAGUUACUCCUGCCCCGACAGCUGGGGAUGGAGCGCAUCAAGGAGGCAGGUCCGAGACGACUCUACACGGACCCUGCCCUUCGCAACCCGCGCCUCUACGCGACGGUGGCGCGGCGGCUUAUGAACGCUGGGCUGGUGGACUUCAGCAGCUCGGCGGAGUGUUACGUUGGCAUGUUCUUCGUGCGCAAGAAGAACGGGCGGGAGCUGACCUGGUGCCGCGCGCUGCUGCCCCUGUGCUUCCGAGACGCCGGGCGGCCUCUGUCGCCUGUCGUGUCUUGCGUGGACGCCUCGUGGUGGGGCGCAGGAGUGACAGAGAGUACCAUCACCUCGGAUCAAGCUCGACGUCUGUCUAUCUUCAACGAGCGAUGGAGGUUCAGUCGUGAUGGCGAGCAACAGGUCGCCCCUCGGGACAAGGCCCUAGCCCUGGAGCGCAAGCAAGCUGAGCGUAUCACCUCGCCAUGCAUCAAGCAAGCCUCGUCGGAACCCAGUCGCGAUCCAGCAGUCAUAGCAGCAGUUAUGGAGCAGCAGGUCCCGUUCCGAGUCGAGCCGAAGCCGAAUCAGGAGGAGGAGGUCACGUUCGAGGAGGUGCCAGAGGAGGCAGUGGGCCUCGGGAGGAUGGCGGCGCCACUGUCGAUGUCGGCCCUCGGCUUCAUGGCGGCCCCUGCUGUGCCGGCGACGCGGGCUCGCAAGAGGCCGGCAGCGGCCCUGGGUGUUGCGGGUACUCACCAGUUGCAGCGCAGGCCGCGUGCGGCGCCGGGGGCUUCAGCGCGCCCGGCCGAGAGCGAUCGCCGGGCAGUCCGUCGGCAGGAGAGGGCGAGCCGCUUCCCUUCCCUCCCGGCUUCGGCCCCCCGCCGGGGCUUGACCUUCCUGGAGGAGCAGUCGGUGGGGGACGCGACCAGGGCAGACUACCAGCGUCGACAGGCCGCCUUCAGCCUGUGGGCCUGCCAGCGGGGGCAUUCGCUGGCGACGCCGGCAGAGGUGGACAAGGCGCUGGCGCUGUUCUUCCACGAGGAGUUCCUGGACGGGGGCGAGAGCAGCGACGCGUGGAAGCUGAUGGCGGCCCUCGCCUUCGCGCGCUCGGACCUCGGGCCGCGCCAGGGGCGCCUGCCGCGGGCGGCGCGGGCAGCCAAGGGCUGGUCUCGCCUGGCGCCGCCUCGAUCGCGGCUGCCGCCCCCGUGGCCUGUGGCGUGCCUCAUCGUGGAGACCCUGUGCCGCAGGGGCCUGGUGGUGCACGCGUGGCUCACCGCGCUCACGUUCGGCCUCUACCUGAGGCCGCGCGAGGCGCUCGAUCUCGUGCAGUCGCAGCUCAUCCCGCCAGGGUUUACCACGGCCACGGCGAUGCACCACUGGCGCGUGGUCCUCCACCUGUUCGAGAGGCAGACCCCGUCCAAGACAGGCGCGUUCGACGAGAGCCUGCUGGUGGACUCAAGCUGCUUCCCGUGGAUGCCGAGCCUCGUGCAGGAGCUGCACCGCCGCACGCCCGCGGGCCACCGCCUGUUUCCCGUGACCUACGCGCAGUGGAACUACCACUUCAAGGCCGUCGUUGCCGAGCUCGGCCUGCAGGUCUUGGGCAACUUGACGCUGCACCAGCUGCGGCACGGCGGCGCGAGCCACGAGCUGUACGCGGCGGCGCGGCCUCUGCGCGACAUCCAGAAGCGCGGCAGGUGGGCGACCGUCGCCGCUCUCCGGCGCUACGCCAAGGGCGGUCGGGUGCAGGAGCAGCUUCACCGGCUGCCGCGCGCCCUGCUGCUCCGUGCCGAGCAGGCGUUCCGCGGGAUUGGGCGCACGGCUCCCGUGGCUGGAGCGGCCAUUGGGGCUGCCGUUGGGGCGGCGGGGACCGUGGACUUCGUCCCCGCCGACGGCGCCGACCCCGCCCCAGAGCAGGUAGAGGAGGAUGUCUGCAUGGAGCCUGAGGGCUACAUCGCGCCCCCCCUUGCUGGGCGCAUCCCCGCGGCCUCGCCCGUGGAAGCCUACGGCCGGCGCCGGCAUACUCGGGCACCUGGUGAACCCCCUGGAGAGGAUCCGUUCCCGGGGUGGCCGAACCACCUCCUGGACGGCCUCUUGCAAGGAGGGGCCUGGUUCGGGCUGAUGAUGUUCGGGGGCGCCCGCUGGAGGGGGUUCCCCCACUGGCUCCAGUACCUCCUGGUCUUCUUCUACCUCCUCUCCGCCCUGGUGGCCUUGGACCUCCUCACCCUCCUGGCCUAUGCCCUGGCCCUACUCUCACGGGGCAAGGGCCCUCUGCGCAGGAACGAACACCCGCACCCCUUGAAGGACUCGAGGCCGGUGCGGGGAGGGCCCGCCUCGGGCGGGACCACGCCCAACAAGUUCUUCCAGGACUGGAUCCGGGCCCGCGGGAGGCACUCCAGCCGCCGCCCGCAUGAGCUGCUCGCCAUCAUUGAGGAGGGAAUGGUCCGGAUGCAGCGGAAACCGGGCUCCACGCUGCCCGCGACGCGGAAGGGAGGGCAGGUGUACCUCUACGGUGCCGUGCUGCACUGUGCGGAUCCCUCCCUCCGUCAGCGGCUGGGGAACGCUCGGAAGCGCGCCGUCUACCUGGCGCGGGAGUGGGAAGCGGAGAUCCCCCCAGACAUUGUGGCGGUCAGCUACCACUACACCGGCGUGGAGGAGGGGCUCGUCCUGAACCUGGAGGAGGCUCUGCCCUAUCAAGGCGCCUCCCGCGACCCGUCGGGGGAGCCCUCGGCGGUGGUCUGGCUCCUCGAGGCCCUCCUCUCCGCCGUCCAGGACGGCGUUGGAGUGGAGGCCGCACUUGAGGCGGCCCAGGAUUACUACGGCGAGGACCCGGACACCUGCCUGGCGUUGGUCACUCCGUGCGCGGAGGAGUUGGAGGCGACCGCCCUCCGCAACCCCGCCUCGCUGGGGCGGGAGGAGCAGGCCGCCCUCGGCAAGCUCUUGCGGCACGUCCGCGAGAAGCGCCUGCUCCAGAAGGGGCAGGCGGGGAUUCUCACUGACCCGAACACCCGCCUCUUGGUUCAGCACCUCAACCUCUCCCAGCGCAUGGAGGCCGACGACUCCAAGAACGUGGAGGGCCCCCUGGGCUACCUCAAGACGACGGAGUGCCGGCUGGCGGUCUACACCGCCCGGGGGUUCAACGCCUUCUACGUCGCCCCUUGCCCGGGCCUCGUCGGAAGGGAGCUGUGCGACGCAGCCCGGAGGGGAGGAGACGGACGCUGGAUGAUCAUGCACGAGGGAGGCUGCCCCAUCCUGGUCGUGAACUGGGUUGCCUACGCCAUCGCGGGGGGCUUCUGGGGGGGCCGCGACCUGGAACGGAUGGCCAAGUGGCCCCUGGGAGCAUCGGACUUCCCGCGGACCACUCGGGAGGAGUUCGAACGGUUCAUCCCGCACUCGGACCCCACCCACAUGGAGAAGCGUCCCGCCUGGACCAAGAUCCUCGCCGUCUGGACCGACCAGGCCCACCGGAGCAUCACCACCUUCUGCCUGUUCUACGGCCAAGACCACGAGAGGGAGAGGCGGGACGCCUUGAGGAGGCUGGUGCAGCUCAACCUCGAUGACCCCAACCAGUGGACGGAGGGGGACCUCUUCGCGAUCUGGGAGGAGCUCCACUGGGACUGGUGGGACGGCAUCCGACUGAUCGUCCAGCGGGCCCUCCACGACCUCAGAAACCAGAACCCCACCGAGGAGGAGUUCAGGCUCCACCUCCUGGAGGGGCCGGGAGGCCAGCCGCGAUUCCAGAUGCCCCUCUCCUUCCAGCUGGACCACCCCAACGGGUUCUUUCGGGCCCGGGUGGUGUCCCGUAAGUUUUGGGAGCAACGGUCCGCCCUGUCUGCCCUCUCGCGGACGAGCAGAGCGAAGGUGCCACCCCCGCCCCCGGCGGGACGCGCCGGCCAGGACGACAACCCGCAGUGCCCCAUCGGCACGGCCCUGGAGGCGGAGGGGCACAAGGCGGCCCUGGCGGGUAUCCCUAAGAACCCGCAGGGCAAGAGGAUUUGCAUCCCCUUCAACUGCCACAGCACGCGCUGGCGGGGGAGCGGCUGCCGGGACGCCCACCAGAAGAUCAACGAUCUGAAGGGCCUCCCCAUGGAGACCAGGUUGCUCUUCUUCCGCUUCGGAGGGUUCCACAAGCUCCCCCUCGUGACGCCCGCGGCGGUGGAUGCCCGCAUGGCUGCACUCCGGAAGGGACCGAAGCCCCGCCCGAGGACCCGCGGCGGGCAGAACGCCAACCGGGACACGGUCCUGAGCGUGCUGACGGACUUCCUGAAGGAACCGACGGAGCUCGAGGACUACACUGGCGACCUCGAGGGCGACAUCGACCCUGAGGCGCUGGUGAAGUGGGCUGACUUCAUCGUGGCCUUGCGGGUGGCCGUGAAGCCCGCGACGAGCUUGACGCAGGCCGCGCUCGUGAAGCAGCUGGAGGCGCUGGCGAGUUUCCACGAGGACACCUGGCACCUCGCCGAUGGCAUGUCGGACUGGUGCACUCGCGUGGCGCGCCGGCUCCGCGCGAUGAUGCGGCACGUCGAGCAGGACGCGAACAACCCGAAGGGCAAGCUGGACUACAGCGCUGUGAUGCGGUGCGAUCCCACGCAGGCUGCUGACGCGCCCGUCACCGCGCGCUGGGACGACAACGACGAGUGGAUCGUGCCAGGGCUGAGCCAUGGCGCGCUCGCCGCAGGGGAGGAGACAGCUGGGGGCAGGUCCAAGAAGGGCGCUGGGUGGCUGUGGCAAGGCCAUGACUCCGAGAAGCGCCGCAUCCUGGUGGACAGGUACACUCGGGGAGACCAGGUGUUCGUCGCGCUGUGGCAGUUCAUCAAGGAGAGCGGCGGCUCCAAAACGAUGGUCUCGCAGAUCACGGUGCAGCCGCAGCACCAGCUGCGCGAGGUGGAGAGCUUCAUGGUCGACAUCGGGAAGAAGUUCGCCAGCGGGGAGAUGACCAAAGAGGCUGUGCAGGAGGCCAAGAAGAGCUGGGUGGACGAUCAUGGCGGCAUCGCCAAGAAGCGCCCAGCCGCUGCAGCGACGCCAGCCGCUGCAGCGAUGAGGAGGCCCGCGGCCGCGGCCGCCGUGAAGGAGGAGCUGCAGGAUCAGCUCGAUGAUGGCGACCACGAUGGUGAGGAUCAAGAGGAGGAAGCUGCCUCGCACAACGAGCCUGAGGAUGAGGAAGAGGAGGAUGCUCCAAGUCAUGAUGAAGGGCCGCUCGCGAUGAAGAGGCCCGCUGCUGCGUGCUCGGCCGCCGUGUUGAGGAAGCCCUCCAAGAUGCAGAAGACCGCCAACUCCGACCACGAGUCAGCAGCCCCUGCGGGCGGCGCGGCUGCCGGUGCCGCCGAGCCGCCGCCCGAUCCUGAAGCCAAGGAUGGUGAGAUCGGAGCGGAGCUGAUGAGGGAGGCCGAGCGCGCCCGCCGCGGCAUCGAGGCCACGAAGCAGGGUCGUUGGUCGACGAGCGAGAUGGCAGACGGCGCAACGCUUGCGCCCUUCAAGCAGACGGCCUUCGCGGCGGGCCAGGAGGCGAGCACGACGGCGACUGGCGAGGAUCACGGGCGAUACUACACUUGA